UUUUCCGCUUCCGCUUUCGUUUUGAUUUUUAGCAAAAAAAUUAAAAAUGAGCUACCGACCAAAAGUUGCUGAUCCAACAGAAUUACAAUGGCCUGUUGUUGAUAGUGACAAAGAGGAGACAGUGUUAAAUGUUUUAGAAAAUGUGUUUACAAAGUACAAGUCAUGCUUAAGGACAAUACAGAAACCUCCGAAAUGGAAGAAGAAAGGUGUGGGGGAUACAGGGGAUUGUUUGUCAAAAGAGGAAGAAAAACAAAAGAAAGAUUUCAAGUGUACAUUUGUAAUGGGUGUACAGACAGUUAUGAGAAAUCUGGAGAAAGACAAUUUGUCUAUGGUGUUGCUAUGGAAAGAUAUGCAACCUGCUGUGCUAAGGAAAGCUCUUUGCCACCUGCUUAAUGAGCAUGGUUGCCCAGCAAUGUGUGUGUCAGAUCUGCUGGUACCUAUACAAAAGUCCUGGCCUGGCCUCACUUCAGCUACCAGUCUUGGUGUUCUGAAAACUGAAGUGCCCAAUGAUUUCCAUGAGCUCAUUGAAAUAGUUAGAAAACAUGCACCACCACUGACAAAACUACAGGGGAAGCAAGACAAAGCUGUGAACAAACCAUUGAUACAACCUACAAAUAUAGCAAAUAGCAGAAAAAUUAAUGAUAAAGAUUUAGGAACUGAAAUGAAACUAGAUACUGUGUUUGUACAUACUGAAAAUGAAAAAUCUGGCAGUAAUUUGGAACACCUAUCUGUUGGCGCGGCCAAGUUCUACAUAUACAAACCUGAAACAAAGGAAAGAAAAUCUUUCUGCGGACAAGAUUUUAUAGCGUUUGAUGAUAGGGCAGAGGGUAAAAGUCCAAGUGUUGAAACAUUAAAAGGUGUAAGAAUGCAAACAAAACGUAUGUACAUUCCAAGUGAAAAUCAAAUUAACUUUGGAAUAAGGCCAACCCUUGUAGAUUCUGACAAAGACAAAAACAUGGAUAAGGAAAAUAUUACUGAUAAAAGUGAUGUAAGAAAGGAAGACUUUAAAACAAAUGAUAGGAAGAGGAAAGCAUCAGAAAAUGAUAACGAGACAAAUAGAAAAUAUAAAAAAAUAAAUGUAAAGAAAUUUCAGAAAAAUACACAGAAAAAGAAGAAAAGUAAGAAAAAAUAAGAAAAAAACAUCAACAUAACAUUGGCAAACACUGUAUUGUCGGCUACUGAGUUUUAGUACCUUGAAACUAAAAUGUCUUUAAAUGUGUUAUGUUGUAAACUUCUUGCUCAGACUCUGUUAUGUUACUGCUACAAGCAAUUAUGUGUUGAUACAUGCCAUGUGCUUAGAGGAACAUAAAUAUUGAAUAAAUAAUGUGUCUGUGUUGAUAAUAAAUAUAAUAUGUCUUGUGAUAGAAAAUAAAAAAGAAAAAAAUGAACCGCUUCAAGACAAAACCAACAUAGUGUGUUUGCGACCAGCAUGGAUCCAGACCA